CGCGUGUGUAUCCGGGGAGGAGAUCCGAGCGCCCGGGCGUCCUGAGCUCUCUGUACCUCACCACUCUGCAGGAUUAGGAGUGAGGAUGAUGAGGAGGAGGAGGAGGAUGAUGAUGGAUGGAGUGUGAGACGUUUCUGUGAUCAGAGCCUCUGCGCGUCCUCUGGAUCCUCUCAGGUCUCAAACAUGGAGCUGGCGGAGAGGAGACGCAGCCGCAAAUCACAGAGCUUUAAACUGAUCAGCGACCCAGACUACGGACAUAAUUCCGACAGUGUGGAGCACAUGGACACGGACAGCGAACCGCUGGAUGCCUCUGAAAACGAAACAUGGCCAGGCGAGGAAGACAUGGAGAUUAAGAAGCAGAUUACAGGCAUGAUGCGGCUGCUGAGUGAUAAAGCAGGUCGGGUGUACCAGAGAGUGGGCAGAGAGGGAGAAACUCUUAAAGAGGAGCCACAGGAGGAGGGUUUGAGCUGGACUUCAAGUCACAAGCAAAGCCCUGAACAGCCUGAGCCUGGCUGGGACUCAGGGUCCCAUAAUCAGUAUGAUACACAGUCCAAGAACCAGAAGAUGCUGGAUCAGGACAAAAACAGAGACUCGGCUCUGCCCCAUGUGCCUGCCAGCAUGACGACAGAAUCCAGCUGCUGCAUGUGCAAUUGCAAGAGCACUUUACAGGCCAUCCUGCUGGAGUUACGCACAAUGAGAAAACUCAUGCAGACUCAGAGAGGCCCACCGGAGAAACAGCGAGUUGCGGCCAGCGCGUCUCCCACCUGCAGGAGGAGAUCCCGCAAGAGAAGGACGGCGCAAAGAAUAAAAGCGGUAUCCCCGGCCAUAAAAAUUCCCACGGCUCUACAAGCUCCCGUGGUGGCCGAAUCAUUUGAGGCGAUUUGCCUUAAGAAACCUGAAAAUAAAGAAGAAGAAAAGAAAGAGAGGGCUGUUCCAUCUCCUCCUUCAACACCCGUGUCUAACUCUCCACCGUCAGCUCAGUACUGUCUGAACAGAGAUCAGACCUGCACAGAGCUGGAGGUGCAGUUGGCAGAGGAAUAUGAAGUGUUCAUCCCGAAGGCGCAGCUGGAUUCCAUCCUGCUGAACUAUACACGCUCGGGCAGUCUGCUCUUCCGCAAGCUGGUGUGUGCCUUCUUUGAUGACGCCACGCUGGCUAACUCACUGCCCAACGGCAAGCGGAAGAGGGGUCUUAAUGACCAGAGGAAAGGACUGGACCAGAACAUAGUGGGAGCCAUUAAAGUGUUUACAGAAAAAUAUUGCAUGGCGAACAGAAUCGAGAAGCUUCCUGGUCCACGAGACUGGGUCCAGAUCCUCCAAGACCAGAUCAAACUGGCUCGACGGCGCUUAAAAAGAGCGGAGAUGACUACAGACUCUGAUGAAAUCAACAGGACAUGUACAUAUAACACAGGGGCUGAAAGUCAGGUAGCAGUGCAAAAUGCUGAAGAUGACUCCUUUUUUCGAGCAGGUUGGACGGCACCAUCUUCCAAUGAUGUGUAAAUUCUUGUCAACUGCCUCAAAGUCAAUUUGUUCUUCAUCCAAGGGCUCAACGGAUUUACAGUAGGCAGAACAGAAUUUUGGCAUCAUCGAAGAAAAAGAUGAACUUGUUCAUUCAACAAAGGAAACCUCCCGAACUCUUUGACUUCCCGACAUAUACUGAUUAUAUUUUUAUGUUUCAAUACAAAUGCUUCUUGUUAACUUGUGUGGUUUUAAUUGUGUGCGAAUGACAGUUUGCUGAUUGCUGAUCUAAUUGUAUAAUGUACAAUGUGUUUUUACUUCCUUUACCUCAUUGAGGUGCUU